AUCGUCCGAAAUGUUCCGAGUGCUGUUUUCCGACAUUCGAGAUAUAUCGCAUAUUUCCGCUGUCCUUGAAAACUCAGCAACUGUCAUGGCUGCGCCCAUGAACCGGAGUACGAGCGCGUUCAACUAGCACUAGUAGCAGGAGAGUUUUUGAGAUAAAGUCUGAGCUGUUCGAUAAUUUAAAAAUGAUUAGGGUUCUCUGUUUACGUCAGCUUUUGGGGUUACCCCAGCUGAAUAUAUUUAUAGCUGACAAAUUAGCAAAAGUGAAAUAUUCAAGACAUUUGUCUAGAGGGGCACUAUUUGGGUGCCAAUAUCGAAUGUACAGCACAGCAAAUGUAGAUCAUGAAGACAUGUCUAAAAUUCGAAACAUUGGAAUUAUGGCUCACAUUGAUGCUGGGAAAACAACCACUACGGAAAGAAUGUUGUAUUAUUCGGGUUUAACCAGGCAUUUAGGUGAUGUUGAUGAUGGAGACACAGUGAUGGACUACAUGGAACAGGAGCGAGAGAGAGGAAUCACCAUUACAUCGGCCGCCAUCACCUUUCACUGGGACCACCACAAAGUGAACCUCAUUGAUACACCCGGUCAUGUUGACUUCACAGUGGAGGUAGAGAGAUCUCUCCGAGUGUUGGACGGAGCGGUAGCUGUGCUUGAUGCAUCGGCAGGUGUAGAAGCCCAAACUCUGACAGUGUGGAGGCAGGCAGAUCGCUACUCUGUCCCGAGGAUGGUUUACCUCAACAAAAUGGACAAACCCGGAGCCAGUGUCGGACUCUGUCUCUCGUCCAUCAAACAGAAGCUCAAAGUGCAACCCCUUCUUCUGAACGCACCGAUAGGAACAGGGAGGGAAUUCGAAGGUGUUGUAGAUGUCAUCAUGAUGGAAAAACUCGUAUGGAACUCGAAAAUCUGUGAAGAUGGAAUCAAAUUUGAAAAGAAGUUAUUAAGCCAAUCAGAUGGCAAGUUGUAUGAAGAUGCUUUAAAAGCAAGACACCAUCUGAUUGGUCAGCUAGCAGACAUUGACGACAGCAUUGCCGACUUGGUUUUGGCUGAUACGAAGCUCGACGAUAUCCAGAGUGAAGCGGUCCGCAAGGCUGUCCGAUCGGCCACCAUACAGCAGAAGAUCAUCCCAGUCCUGUGUGGCAGUUCGUUGAAAAACAAAGGUGUUCAGCCUCUACUUGACGCCGUGAAUCUCUACCUGCCGAGCCCAAUGGAUGUUCAUCACAGUUUCAUCGAUUUCUACAGGACCGACCUCUGUGCUCUGGCUUUUAAGGUCAUUCACAAUAAACAGCGAGGCCCCCUGACGUUCUUGCGAUUGUAUGCGGGUGCUUUGAAAAGCGGGUCUACGGUUUACAAUAUUAACCGACAGUGUUCGGAGAAAACCAGUCGUAUACUGCAGGUGUAUGCCGAUGAUUUUCAAGACAUGUCGACGGCUGUUGCAGGAAAUAUAGUACUGAUUGCAGGACUGAAACAGACCUACACAGGUGAUACAAUCACGUCAAGUCAGUCGAGCGCCAGAGCAGCAGCUAGAGAAUUCCACAAGACAAAGGCGACAGAUGCCAGGAACAGUGAGGAAUUGGGUGCUCCGAUCCUGGCAGGAGUCGAAGUGCCCACCCCUGUAUUCUUCUGCUCGGUGGAGCCCCCUACCAUGGCUCUGCAGAAACAGCUUGACUUUGCACUAGAGUGUUUGCAGAAAGAGGAUCCAAGUUUAAAGGUGGACGUGGACAAGGACUCGGGCCAGACCAUUCUGUCAGGAAUGGGAGAACUCCAUCUGGACAUCAUCAGAUCAAGGAUAGCCAAUGAAUACAAUGUAGAUGUUGAUCUCGGCCCACUCCAAAUUGCUUAUAGGGAAACGGCCACAGAAAGCACCGAGGUGGAAGAGAUACUGGACAAGAAGCUUGGAGACCGACACCAUCUAGUGAAGAUGAAGAUUUCUCUACAUCCAGACCCGAGUGCCACUCAGUUCAAACACGUCAUUCUGAUGUCAUCGCGAGAGGAAAACCUGGACCAUGUGAAAAAACACCAGCUGAAGGCCAUAGAGAGUGGCAUUCAGUCGGGCAUCACCAAUGGUCCUGUUCUAAACUUCCCAGUGAUUAAUGUCACAGUACAUCUUCACAGCUUCCACUUGGGACCAGGAACAUCGAUUGCCAUGGUAUCUGCGUGUGCAGCUCAAGCUGUGCACAAAGCGCUCAAGCAAGCCAAUACUGUCCUGUUGGAGCCAAUGAUGAUUCUCGAGAUAAACACGGACGAAGACAAGCUGCACGGAAUCCUCUCCGAUCUGGCUCAGAGACGAAGUCACGUAGACGAGAUUCAGAGUCGACAGGACACCAGGGUCGUGAGGGCCAUCACGCCUCUCGCCGAACUCAUGGGCUACUCGACUGCCAUUCGGACCAUCAGCUCCGGGAUGGCCACCUUCACCAUGGAACUGUCACACUAUGAACAGAUGAUGCCCUUAGAACAGGCCAAGGCUAUAGAACGUGUAACCGGAUUUGCACCAGUAUUGUAAAAAAAAAAAUUACAGUAGUUGAAACUGUUUGUCAAGAGCCUUGGCUGUGUAGUGGUUUGCAUUUAUCAUAGUUUGACACCCAAUAGCCGAUGUAUUUUUCAUGCUGGGGUGUCAUUAAACAUUAAUUCAUUCAUUCUUGUGUAGUGGUUCAGCGAUCGGUCUUCAAGCUGGUAGAUGCUGGGUUCAACUCCCAAUACGGGCAUUCACUUAGAUUGAGUUUUUACAGCUUACGUAGGAAGUGUCGGGUUACUAGACUGACUUCUUUUUCAGCAACAGCUAACCAUUAGGUGUGUGUCAAGAACAUCAUGUUUUGAACUUCAUUUGAAUAUAAGCUUGAAAUGCAAGUUAAAAUGUGAAAGUUAAUUGCUCACUAAUCCCAUUAAUCCCAUUAAUCCCUGUCCAAGACACUCUUCAUAAUAAUAUAUAAUAUGGCUGAGGUGUGUGUCCAGAACAGUGUGCUGAAACCAUUAAUGGAAGGAAGGAAAUGUUUUAUUUAACGACACACUCAACACAUUUUUGAUUAGCAGCAAGAGGUCUUUUAUAUGCAUCAUCCCACUGACAGGAAAGCUCAUACCACAGCCUUUGAUAUACCAGUUGCGGUGCACAGGAUAGAGGUAAAAAUUAAACCAUAAAUGGAUUCAUGCACACACACACAUGGGGAAACAUAUUUUCCUUAAUAACUUUAGCCACCAUUUAAUUAUUUUGUUGUUAAAAUGUAUUUAUGCUAUUGCAUAAUGAUGCAUGUAAAUUUAGAAUAGAAACUAUUUCGUGUUUUUAUAUACAUUUCUCGAUGGGAAUACACUAAUUGAUUUAUCAAUUUGUUUAUUAGUACAUAUCAUGGUGUUUUUCUCUCUGGAUUUUAAAAAUAUGUUCAACAGCUUGUACAAUUUGGAGAUUCGGUGGGAUGACUGCUGUCAUACCCUUCACAAAGUGGAAUGUACAACUGCUUUCAUAAAAAUAUAUCAACUGCUGAAUAUUUAUUUAAAUUAUGUUACAAUCGAGAUUAUUUAGAUUGGUCUCAAUGUGCAGAUAAAUGUGUCUUUAACGUAUAAAAGACAACAUUUUACCAUGACUCACCUUUAAUAAAUAUUUUACAAGUA